CACCAUCAAUCAAAUUAGAGUCACCUGUCUCGGAAAGUAACGGCUGCGUCGAGUAACACAUUUUAACUUUUAUGUCGAGUCUACAAAGUGAAAUAGUUGCCAUAACCUUAAGCUUGUUGGAGUUGUGAAACAAUUCUAAAAGUGUAGCGAAGGACCAGUUGGUUAAGAAUUGCAGGUUUGAGCCGAAAACUGAAAACGCCCGAGAUUGUGAGCAUUUGCUCUCCAGGACCGUUGGCUGACGUCAGCUAUUUUUGUAAACAAACAAUCUACUAACGCUGCAAAUAGCGAGGGUCGAUUUAAAACGGCUAACGUUAGUUAGCUUCAGUUGUUAAAUACCAGGAAUUGCUGCUAAAUCCAUCAAUGAAGGAAACUAUGAAGCCUGUGAGCCACCAGCAGGCCAGCCAGCUGCUCCAUAACAAGUUCGUUGUGGUGCUGGGAGACUCAGUCCAGAGGGCUGUCUACAAGGACCUUGUUCUGCUGUUGCAGAAGGACAAAUAUCUCUCCCUGAGACAGCUCAGGAGCAAGGGUGAGAUGAGCUUUGAACAGGACUGUCUGGUGGAAGGAGGUUGUCUCAGUGAAAUGCACAACGGAACGGCGUACCGGGAGGUUCGACAGUUUCAGUCUGCCCACCACCUGGUCCGCUUCUACUUUGUAACUCGGGUUUACUCUAGCUACAUGAAGAGCAUCCUGGAAGACUUCCGCCAUGGUUUGAAACCAGAUGUAAUCAUAAUGAACUCCUGCGUUUGGGAUAUUUCUAGAUACAAUUCCAAAUGGAUGGAUGACUACAAAGAGAACCUCCAUAAGUUCUUUGGUGAGCUGAAAGGGAUUCUGCCUGAGGAAACGCUGGUCGUAUGGAACCUCACCAUGCCCUUAGGAGAGAGUAUCAAAGGUGGUUUCCUGGUGCCUGAGAUUGAACACAAGGCUCCCCAGCUGCGUUACGAUGUGAUAGACGGCAACUUUUACAGUGGUACUCUGGCUGAUGCCUAUGGGAUGGAUGUGCUGGACCUCCACUUCCAGUUCCGCUUCUCACUGCGUCAUCGUACCAACGACGGCGUCCACUGGAAUGCCAUCGCCCACCGCAGGAUAACCUGUCUGCUGUUGCAGCACACUGCACAGGCCUGGGGUGUUCAUAUGCCAUGUCCAGUGGCGACUGUUGAGCCUCCUGAGGUUACUGAUCAGCAGUCAGCCAAAGGAAAUGCUACCAAACCUGCAGGAGUGAAAAGAAGAAAGCGUUCCUCGAACCACAACUUUACCAACAUAGCGCAACACCCAUCAGUCGGGUAUUACGACGGCUACAGGGAGGAGUUCUUUUCUGAUUCCUUCUCAUCUGGUUACAUGAGCUUUGAGAACUAUCCACAAAAACAUCACCAUGAGGCUCCUGGACCUGUCAGACAUGCGUACAGACCUUUCCUACCGCCACCGCAUCACCUACCUGUCCAUGGACACAAUAGAAAUGGUUACUACAACAGGCCUCCCCUCCACUUUGGGCCCUACAGCCAUGACCAUCAUCAGCAUGUAAUGAGGAGCCGACACAUGAGGCACCACUUCGCUCCCUACUUCCACCCCAGAUUCCCUCAACAUGGCAACUACUACUGAGUUGCGAGUGUGGAUGAAGACAAGGAAGUGAUUGGACAUCUGUAAGUGUCUCUGGAAGCAGAAACUCUGACUGGGAUUUACAAGGAGUGUCACCAGAAAACGGAGGCAGAGAAAGAAGACGAGACGGAUGAAGAAGAGAAAAAAAAGAGAUCAGAUAGCAGUGAUGGAUCAUGAUGAUGAUUGUGACUUCUGAAAACACUUUGUAUGAGCUUAACAGAGGUUGUUUCUGUGUGUUUCCUGUCACAACCUUAAGCCUCUUCAACCUUCAAAGAAAUUAAGUAAUAAAAAUUAAUUUUUGGAUGGUA